CUCCAAAACUGGUGGUCGACGGGAUUUCGCCUCCCGGGACUCCAUAUCUUGUCUCGGCGUCACGUUAGGGAGUUUUUCCUUAACACUACCUAACUCUUCUUUCGAAACGGCUGACUGAACCUUUGAAGAAGCUAGCAAAGGAUGAAGCUGUUGAGAGAGUUGUCGAGUUCAUGGAGCUGUACUCAGUUAGCAUGGAAGAUUUUGAUACAAUCGUGGAGCUUUCUAAAUUUAAGGGGCAUCCGAGUCCAUUGGAUGGUGUACUGCCUGCUGUAAAAGCUGCCCUGACAAAGGCUUACAAUAAAGGCAGCUCAUCACGUAUUAUUAAGACUGCUGAUUUAAUCACACUCCCCGGGAUGAAAAAGGCACCAAAGAAACGGGUGGCAGCAAUGCUAGAACCUGUUGAUGAAUCUUUGCCAGGAAGCGCUGAAAAUGAAGAGAACCUCUCAGAUGCUGAGGACCAAGAGGAUGACUUGGCUGAUCCAGAGAAGCAGCAGAAGCUACAAUCAGAACUGCAGUCUCUAAAUUCAAAAGCCAUUAAAGUGCAAAUGGAGUUGAAGGGUUCUGCAAGUUCAAGCAGCAAAAAGGCACCUGCGGGUAGAGGGGGCAGUCGGGGCUCUGGAUCUGCCUCCAAGAGAAAGAGAUGAGAGCUGCGUUGCUAUGUUUAAGCCGUGAAACAGGCCGUUCUCGGUUUGGUUCGUUUCACGAGUGGCGGCCCGAGUUAGUAGAUGAUAGUCUUUCACCUUUGACGGUUUAAUUGUAGUUUAUUUUUGGUAAAUACCAAGUUGUACGAAAGUGAAGUUAUACUUCCUUAUGUGGAAAUGUAUUUUUUCUUGGAAUAUUACCUUUCCUGUUUCUUUUUUUGUUACGAUGAAAUCACUGUCCGGACUCAAGUAAUAGAUUGAAAUUUUAUUCCUA